CCGCGGAUUCAGGUGGGACGACCUGUGGAGGAACAGUGGAGAAGACACAAGGUCUCCCGUUAUACGCAGCACACCUGGCGAAACACUUCCAUUGCCUUUGAAUGGAAGAGCGCAGGUGAGUCUACUGUGUUGACUAGACCCUGGAAUCAACUCUCGGAAUAACAACAGUUGUUCUCAGGAAGCCAUCAGACCUGUGUGUGUGUCUCUAUACCUGCCGCAGCCGCCGCACUGGUGUCGGGUGUGUCUGUGUGACAUGUCAGUCAGUCAGGUGCCUAUUGAUUGAGAAGGACUGUCGCCCUGGUCACGACAGCGCCGGCUUGCCAUGCUUCUACUGCAAAGCCUUGCAGAGUCUGUGAGAGAUCGGACUACACACCUGUACAACCGAGCUGCCACCUCUGUCACUGUGACACGUGACAGUCAGUAGGAGAUAGUGCCAGACGACAGUCCUGUUACACUGGCAAGUCAAGAAAUAUCUGAGUCUGAAGGAAAGAUAAGUGGAAGUUUCUUUUUAACUCUCUAUUCUUCUUCAGAACCAGGGCGGACAUAAAAAGAAAUAUAAAUAAAGAGGACACAAAAGAUGUGGAUUCAUAAAUAUCUAUCAGACUAACUUCACGAAUGUUGUGAGGGAAAGUUUCGUCUGAAACGCUGACAUGGUUUAGUACCCGUUUAAAGUCACUUGGUGUCAUGGAACGCGGUCAACAAACAACCUGGACACCCACCUGUUUAUCCACCCUCACCCACCAGAAAAGAUGUCACGUGACUCUUGAAAACACGUGCGUUGAUGAGUUUACAACUGCGGAGUGAGAUUUCAAAGGAAGCUCCACCCUUCUGCACUUCUAAUAUACAACAGACGCACGAUGACCCUAAUGAGGGGGACAGGAGAGCGGGUAGGAACCCCGAAGACUGUUACAUAUUUUUAAAUGCGUGUUACUGUGAUAGAUUCUAGGUAAAAACCGACUUGACUGAAGGUAUACGCGGCAGGUGAGACAGUUUGUUGAGAAACCACGAGAAGACACAAAGAUUCCCCGGCUCGGUGACUCCGACCCUACCUUCCGACAAGACAGACAGGUGACCAGCUUCAGGUGUUUGACAGACAGGUUCCGGACAGCCGCGACCUCCGUGUACUCGCCGCUUGCACUCCGCUGCCUCACGCGCCUGCACGUGCCCGCGCGGGAUGCACGGCACCGUAGUGGAGCAACAGUGCGUGGAGGCUGGUGAUACGAAGCCUGUCUGCGGUUACCAAGACAGCUGCCAGGAGAGAAAAAAAAGGAAUCAGUUGAGAGUUAUUCGCCCUUUUUCCGCGGGCGCGCGCGCACCUGGCAUGGGUUUCGAACCGCGUGUUCUUGCAUGAACACCUUCCCUAGCAGCAGUGCGGCGGUGCUGGACAGCGGUUACCCGGAGUUGGUGGCAGGGAGGUGCUUAACCGAGCAUCUCCCAUUUCUAAGCAGCUAGCCGCUGAGUUGGAAACAAUAACAAAUAAACAAACAAACAACGAUGCUUGCGAAGCCCACCAAACCACAGCAGCUGCAACGCUCGAGGUCAUGGAGAGGAAGGAAAGAUGCGAUGAAGUUCUUCUCCCUCCAGGACAGCUUCCGGAAUCUGGAUGGGACGUGCGCUGCUGACCGGACGACUGGGCGGCCGCCACUCAAACCGAGGUCGGCAUGGAGUUUUGAAGACGAGGCAGACACUACAGCAGCGCCGGAGACAGAAAUGGUCCGACAGAGGCUGUCCCCACACUUGUACUACACGACCCCACCUCGAGCAAACAUGGUUCGGAGUCCUGACAUCGACAAAAGUGGUGAUGGGCGGGCCGUAAGAAUCACGGCUGAUGACGAGACCAUGGAAGUGAUGCCUUCCCUGACAGCGUCCCCCAGUGCCCCGGCUUUCCUCAGCAAGGAGGGUCAGGCCUCCAGCCCUAUACUGUCCGCCAAGGACCUGCGUGCUACUGCAACACUACGCAAAAAAGGUUCUGCGGGUGAGGUAGACAACAGCUUGGUGUCCAAGUCAGAGAGAAGGAAGAGUGACAAGGAGAAGAAAGUCGUGUACGACAUACAUGCGCUGUUUGAUGCCGUAGAGCAGCAGGACCUCGAUGCUGUGAAAGUCAUCCUGGAUUCUAACUCUGUGGACAUCAACAGCCUCAAUGCCGAGAACCUGUGUCCACUUGAUAUCGCACUGAUGACCAACAACAUUCCCAUGGCAAGGAUGCUGUUGUUACAAGGCGCAAGGGAGAGUCCAUUGUUCCAACAGGGCGGCUGUCGGUUGCACAGACUGGAACUGUUGGUGUCGGAAGCUGAGAAGCGAGUGGUGGAUCUGACGGCUGUGGUGCUCAACGGGACUUCCGGCAACACCAGCAUCUCUCCGGCACAGCUGAAGGAGAACGAGCGGCAGCUGUCCCACUGGGAGUUUCGCCACCGCCUGCUGAAGCGGAUGAAGGCUGGCUACGACCACGCCCGUCCACCUGAACCACCAACACAAGUGACACUCAAUGUUGCCAGCAACUCGUCUCUUCUUGUCAGCUUUGAUGAGCCACUCAACCACAAUGGUGCUGUUGUCACUAAAUACAAAGUUGAAUGGAGCAGUUACCAAGAUUUCCUGCCUUUGUCAGGGGAAGCAAUAGUGGAAGAUAUCCGGCAUUUAGAGUACGAGAUACGGGGACUGAUGAAGGGAAAUGUCUACUAUGUUCGAGUUGCAGCAUGCAACAUAAAGGGUUUGGGAGGAUACACAGUGUCAACACCACCCUAUGCCGUUCCAUCAAGCUGGAGAGAUGUAGAUGGGACACCAUCAAGGUUGGAGGGCAAAGCACAAUCUCUGCAGAUUCUCUUUGAUCAAGUUAAACGAUCUCGACCUCCAGAGGCAGGAGAGGUCAAAGACUCUUUUAAUACAGACUCUCCUCUCCAAAAGAAGAGAAUCAGCAUAAAGAAUCUAUUUUUGUCAGCACCAAAGUUUCAGAAGGGUGUCAAGAGAGGGGUGCAUCUUGCUUGUCUGCUGUACUGUGAUGAUAAAGUGCUUGUCACCUCAGAGGAACAAUUGCCUAUUAUAGAGGUCGAUGAGAGCUUCUCUGGUACCUCUAUACAGAAUGAUCUCUACUGGCUUAUGAAGAUUGCAGGUACAUGGGAGGAUGUGAAGCUGCUGAAGCAAGACAUGGAAAAGACAAGUAGUGCAGGCAGCACAUUUAGAACCAAGCUUUUACAGGCUAUUACAACUCUUCAGAAUUCACUAGGCAUGCAAGAUCUGGGGCAGUUUUUCCACAGAGCAAUACGUGCUGCCAAUGGCAGCUUAAUUCUUACACUUGUCAACACUGUGCGUGAUACCAAGUUUGUGGGACUUGGUUCUGCAAAGUGGGUGUCAUUGAGCAAACUGGCUCGGAGGCAGUCUCUGCCCAGCACAGAUAUAGGGGACGCACACAACAUGCUCAUAGCUGCAAUACCAGAGAUGCUUAUGUACAAGGAUGUCAGUACUGUGCCACUUCCUAAAGGUCUAUACCUGGGCUUCCUCAAAAUUCAAGUGUCUGUUGAGUCUGUGCGUCUCUUGGUUCCACACAAAAUGCCAAACUGUUUGCCACAUGCCAAAAUCCGGGACUGUCCCAAUGUGUCUAGAGAGGAGUGGGAAUGGCUGCAGAACCUGGAUUUUUCAAAGUCCUCCUCAUCCCAGCCAGCAUUUUGUAGUGCAAUCCACAAGGCUGCCAAGAAACUAUUUAGCCAGCUUGGCCUAAGCAUAGAGUCUGCUGGAGGGUACCGGCUGUAUGAUGUGGAGGUGAUUGAGAUGAGCCCCAGUGUGUCAUUCUUGGUGCUGCUGCCUCCAGUAGAACAGGUCUGCAUGGCACCAGGGCAGGCAGACCACUUGAGUGAAAGCAAAGACUUUGAUCUUUUGCCUGUUCAAAUCUUUGAAACAAUCCAUAUGAACUCCUAUCAGUCCCAGAUAUUCGUGACCUAUGCACGACUGUCAGCAAUUACUGAAAUGGAUGUGGUUCUAGCACAACAGGCACAGAGAGAAGCGUUCUCAACUGAGGAGCUAAGCUUAGCCAAGGAGCAGCUGGAGAUUUCAUGUCAUCUCCAACAGAAUCUCGAGCGUCUCUGGAAGGGAACACGCUGGGUCAUGGACCUCAUCACUUUUGCCCGAGACAAAUCACCCAGACCUCCUGUGUCAGCAACGGCACUACUCAUCCCACCAGAUGCUUUCUCAAGAGAUCUUACGCCUUCCCCAAAGCCAGUUCAUUUCCAGGCAGGCAGGGGUGUUUAUGACAAUAACAAUUCACAAUCAACUUACCCUGUAUGCAACUCCAAUGAGAUCAGUGUUGGUAAAGACAACCGUAAAAUUGCUAAGUUCUUUGAUCCCAAUGACGAUCCUAAGAAAAACUGCUGUGGCAAUGGUGGUGGAGGUAGCAGCGAUGAGGAUUCCGCUUUAUCCAGAAGCAAGAUGCACACCAAAAGUGUUUCCAGGAUUAAUGCUGACAAUCAGGAUGAGGCUGUCCAAACACCUCCUCCCAUGACUUCUGGUAUUCUUCGGGUAUAUGCAGCAUAUGAUACAGGACUAUCAAAAGGUGUUAGUGUGAAACUGCACAUAACAGCACAUACAACAGCAAGGGACGUUAUCAAUCUUGUGGUCCGACAUCUCAACAUGGCUGUGCUUGGCAAGGGUAAAGACGGUCCGAUAUAUGCAGAUGAAGACUUGGACAACUUCUGCCUAGUUGCUGUGGUAGGGUCAAGGGAACGUGUUUUGGGUGACGAUUUCCAGCCCUUGAAGUUGCAGAACCCUUGGCUGAAAGGACGUCUGUAUGUGAGAGUGGUAAACAGUAAGCUGGCAGCAAUACAGCAGGGGCAAGCAACUGCAGUGUAGUGCAUAGUACCAAUGCUUGACAGGUUGCCAAAGUUUUGAAGGUACAUUGGACCAGUUGUACCUACUAGUCAGCAUUUCAACAAACUACACAAUUUGUUUCAUAGACUAAGCACUUGAAGACAUCAUUUGCUACCAUAUGACCAUAGACUGCUAGCAGCAGAAGAUGUAAAUAGCCCAGGAGUGUAAAGGAAUCUUCAGGUGACAGGUUACACCACCAAAGCAAAAGCUCUGUGAUGAAGUGACAAAGUGAGAGUGUUGCCAAAUGUCUGUGAUUUCUUGUUUCUGAUGUGCUCAGUUACAGUAUGGAUGUAUAUCUCUGGACUGCUGGCAAUAUGCCAAGACCAAACUUUUUCGAAGUUGUAGCCUGUCAGGUCUUGGCAAGCCAUUUGACAAUAUACAGCAGUGGUUGCAGAGCAUUGUUCAAGUCAUAAUGCAUGUUAUGAUAUUAAGAAAGAUGUAAGAAAUAUAUAAAAUGUAAAUGGAACCAAAGGAGGCUAUGUGCAAAGUGCAGUUAAAUUUAGAGUACAUUUGCUUUGAUCUUUUCUGUCUUUACUUUUUCCAAGAAACAACGUUCAAUACUUUCUUUAAAAUUUUGGAAAACCUAGAAAGUCUUUUAGCCAGGUUCAGAAUGUUUAAGUGCAAGCAAAAUGCUUUACAUUUAUAACUUUUCUUUUAAAGAAAGCAUAGCAAAAUUCAAAAUUCUUGAAGACAGUGUGGAGUCUCUUUUUCUAAAUAUUACCAUUUUAUUUAACUGAUUAUCUUAGAAUUCAUUUUUUUCCCUCCAAAGCAGCAGCCAAAUGUUGAUUGCUAAAUGUAGUAUUUUUCCCUUACAAUGUCUUGUACUUUCUGAUGAUUUGGCUAUAGAAUCAGAAGUAACUGCAAUUGCAGCAGAAUGACUGAUAACAAUAAGACUGAAGGUUUAAAGCUUUGUUUGAGGUUCAUGAAGGUUUAGAUGUUAAACACUUUUACUCUGGGAUUUCCUAGAAUACAGAGAUCUUUGACCAUAGAGUGCUGACAUUGGCUUAAUGUACCACAGAAAUCCUGCAGCAUGUCAUUGGUGAAAUGCCAAAGAGAACUUACCAAGAGAAAAGCAUGUAAAAUCGAUGAUGUGAAAGCGCACAACCUGAACAUUCUCUCAGAUCGUGUUCAUGUUUGAGGUACAUCACCCUUCAAACACAUCAUUAGUUUAAAUUCAUACACCAAUCCUCUAAUUAAAUGUUCUUUAGUGACUUUGCAUGUGCAUUUUAUCCUGUCACCUAUUAUGCACUCUGUUAAGCUUAUGCAGCUUACAAUCCAUCAGGUUUACUGUUCAUAACUUAGAAGAAAACUCAACCUUCAUCUAAAUUGUCAUUUCUUAUAAAAUAAUGACUUCCAGUAGACAGUGAAGUGUCAUCAAAUGCAUUUUGGCUUUAGAAGAAAAACUAUUUGGUGUCUAUGAGUUAAAUUUAUUUUAUCAUUACAAAUUACCAUUUGCAAAGCUCAGAGUUCAUAUAAGACUGCGAUCAUAAUCAGUUCAUAAUAUGUUGAAAAUGAGUAACAAAAGAAUAUGUCAGGAGAAUCACAAAGUUGUGUUUCUUUAGAACACAAAUCAUACUUUCCUGUUUUUAAAAAUCAGUUUCUUCCAAUUAUCAUUAAAAUCGUGAUGGCAGGCAAUGUAAUUAUUAGCAUUUGUGAGAGCUCCUCCAGCUGUCACUUUCAUCACCCAUGACAUUUAAAAUAAAGCCAGUCAUGCAUGUUGUAUCCCCAAAAGACAUGUAGGCUUUCUUGCUUUACAUGCAAGUAAUUAAUCUGAUGCAAAAAAAGUGGGUUUUUUUUUUUUCCACUUUUGCAUAUAUGUUCUGUGGUUGUACUUGGAAAGUCCAGGUCAGCAGGUUUUAAGCCUUAACUCAGUGGUCACAACAUGCUAUGAUACACUUCUGUACACCAUGUGUAGAAGUGACAUCUCACUCUAAAGUCAGAUCACUAGGCUAGACAUUUGGAUCACAUUAUUUGUGUGCUUUUCUUUAUAGUAGAGCACUUUCAGCCUGCCUUUAAUGGUGGGAAGAAAGCUCUAUAUAAAAUCAACAUAUUAUUAUUAUUAAGAAGCCUAUUGCUUGUAAUCAUUUUGGGACAUGAAUUUCAAGAUUGAUUGGAAGAAGAGGUUUUUUUCCAUCAAGCAGUUAGCUUGAUCUUCCAAAUAGAGCAUAACCAUCACAUACUUUUAGUAUUUGUCUUCCUUUCAUCCUUAAAAUACUAUUACAAAUUAUAGUAAAAGAAAGGUGAUGACAGCAAUUAAAAACUUGUCACAUUCUUUUAGAACUAUAGGCUUAUUUACAGUUUCAAAGAUGUGUUUGCCCCUUCAGUAAUUAGGUCACUGGCUAAGGCAAUAUUGUUGCAAGUCUACAACCAGUCUCAAACAUUUCUGAACCAGAUAUAUUUUGCACACACAGUGAUUUAAUCACUAUUAUGUGGGAUUUUUAGGCACACUUAAAGCUGACUUUGGCAUGUAGAAAACUCCCUUAGUUGCUGGUAUAAAACACCAAGUACUUCCUCCCUCUGUUCACACAGUAAAAAUGGGUACCCAAUUUAUCAUGAAAGAUAAAUGGCUACAGCAGUAAUAGCCCUUGAUGUGCUGCCCUGCCCCAAACACAGUGAACCACUUACAUUCACUGCCCCUAUGGCCAUGAGCUAUGGGACCCUUACUGACACUUGAAAAAAAUAGCAAUUGUGUUAUUAAAAAUAAAUAUGAUCAUUACUAUUUUCAUACUACAUGCUUCCUUAAGGAAGAAAACAAUAUUUUGUGAGAACUAAAAAAACUAUACAUAAUGAUCUCAUGUUUAAAGUAAGUGAUACUGUGGACUUAUAGGCACACUACGUGCACCAGAAACACAUUUUUUAAAGCUUGUUUUUGCUAUCAGCACAAGGGUGAUUUAGAGUUUGUUUUAAAAAAUCUCAUAUGGUCAUUUAACCCAGGGUCUACUGUAGACUUUUAUUACUUUAGCUAUGUCACAAAAAUCUGAGACUCCAUAAAUUACAAUUACCAAUUCUUGUUUAAGGCUUUCCAAUAAUUUGUAUCUAUGUGUGAUAAUGCCUCCUUCAUUAUUUGUAAUAUUUUCUUAGUGAAGUCACACUGUUUCAUUGAUCAUGUGCAAAUGUUUUGCAAGUGUGCACGUGUAAUAGGUCAACUGUGUUCACAUAUCCCAAGGACAGAUGCUAGUUUUUAAGUGAGUUAAGAGCUUGGAUUUUUUUUUUCUUUCAUGAACUAUUGUUCUCAAACCCAGAAAGCAGAAAUUGUGGAAUAGGUGGGGUUAUUUUUUUUCAGGUCAGAAGUACUAUUAUGAUAGUACACACAUUUCAGAGGCAAUCCUGACCCUUUUUUUAAAAAUAAGCACAACACUGUAUGCUAUUGAGACUGACUGAAUCUCUUUGAAAGAUGAGUAGCAAAGACGUGUUCAAAGAAAUCAGUUGUUUUUAUGAAUAUAUAUGUUGGUGUUUUUUUGAGAAGUACAUCACUCUUGUCCUCAGCCCAUUAAUUCUACUCAUUGUUUUGUUAUUUGUUAACUGUACCUAAGACUUAAGUAAAAAAUGCUUUUUAUACAGUGUUGUGUGUUCUAUUGUGGAAUUGCAAUGCAAUGGUUAGUCCCAAAUCAUACCUGUGCAUACCUGUGAUAUGCUAAUAAUUUAAUUAAACCCAUUUUCAACCAGGUU